AUGGAUCUGGAAAAUCGUUUUUCUAAAGCGAGUGAUGGUGUUUCUUCACGAAAGCCUCUGUCACUUGCAGCUAGUAGCUAUGGGACAUUCAACAGCUCAACUUGUUCUCCUAAAUCAAUCAAUUCAAUUUCAAAGUUUGAUCAUUUAAGGAAUGAAACUUUCAUCAAUACAAAAUCUCAACAAUUAUUCAUUUAUGUAAGAUUAUGUUUAGCAGAUGAUUUAAUUAAUGCUUUGUUUAUUUUGCCUUCAAGGAAAAUCACUCUUAUAAAUAUGUUAAGAUCAAAAGAGAAGGUAUGUAAAGCAGAAAGUAUUUUUGCGAUGAACGCUUUAAAUUCCUGGAAUAAACGUAUUGCACAAGUCUGGCAAAUAUCUAUCUGUUCCGAGUUAUCAAGUUCAGCACUCACGACCUAA